UUCUGGGGUACAGAGCCCUGUCGAUGACUCACUGGCCCCACCCUCUGCUGAAUGUGGGGCCAAAUUUGGCCACAAUAAAGGCCUGCCAGCUUGCCCCCCAGAAGGGAGCAGUCACAGUGGCCCCUGCAGGCACCCAGCAUGGGGGUAAGCAGUCGCCCACCCACCCCUUUACCCCGGGAAUAAUCCGUGCCGUGUGUCCACGCCCCUCAGGUGGUGACAGAGGGAGCCCAGCCCUGCCUGGUCACCCCCCCGCUGGUUCACUGGAGCCCUUGGGGGCACAGAUGGUGCCAGGUGCCUUCCCGGACAUCUACGAUGGGGACAGCCGGCAGUGGGAAGCACAUUUCCGGGGCAUCCAGCGGGCCUACCAGGAGCUGGGCAAAGCCGAGGACUUUGCGAUCCGCGUGCUGACUGAGGACUUCACGCUGCCCUUCCCCUUUGCCUGGCCGCCCGCCUCACCCCCCGACUGUGCCAGCUGCAGUUUCUUCCUGCGCCCAGGCUGCCCUGUGCCUCGCUUCCUCCAGCCCCUGCACACCACUGCCCAGGCCUUUGUCAAGAAGCGCCAGCUGGAGCAGCUGGCGCUCCGCUAUGCCCACCAGGCUGGCACUGCCAUGGAGACUGGCGCCACACCCACCAGCCCCAGGGAGCCAACCGCCGACGGGCGGGGCCCUGCACAGCCCCACUGCAGCCCCCAGUGAUGUUCCAGCUAUGCAGGAACCCCCGCCUUCCUGCUCCAGAUGUUCCUAAUACCCACCCUUGCCCACCUUGCUGCUCCAGGGCUUCCCAAUCCCCGUCCUGCUUGUAGUCACCUGCCAGAUGUUUCUACAGCUGCCUUCAUGCUUCAGAUGUUUAUGCCUCCCCCUCUUGAUGUACCAGACACCCGUCACCUGUCCAGAUGUUCGUCGCCAAAUACCAGGGAGCCAGCCCCGCCCACCUGCAUGUUCCAGAUGUGGGUGGGGUUGAGCAUGGCCACCACAGCCCUCCAAAUGUGCAUCAUGCCCUAGCCAGCUCACCCAUAGACUCCAGACAUUUGCAGGCCAUUAAACGCUCCAGGUGUUUCUGAACCCUGGCCUUUAUGUUCCAGAUGUUUCUAAGGUCCCAUCCUCUCUGCCUCACUGUUCCAGAUGUUUGGACCCUCACUUGAGACGUGGAUGAGGGCCAGCUGUGCCCCACAAAAUGCUCCAGAUGUUUCUAAGGUCCAGCCCUCCGUCUCAGUGCUCCAAAUGUUUGGGAACCUGAAGCCAAGUGCAGAUAAGGGCCAGCUGUGUCCUCAUCACGCUCCAGAUGUUUAUCGCCUUUCAGCUGUGGGGGCCUUCGUGCUCAAGAUGUUUGUGGAGCAUUCCCAACACUCCUGAAAAUCCAGGUGCACACUCCCAGCACCACCCCUUGGGAUGCUCCAGAUGUUCAUCGCAUCCUGCAGUGCUCCCCACCAUACUCCAGAUGUACACGAGCUCCAGGUCCACCCACCUUUGGGUCCCAGACGUUCAGGGAUCCCAGCCCAGCCUCGCCAGUGGUUCCAGAUGUUCAUAGCAAGUCAGAGGCUCCGGUUGUGACUCCUCCACCCCCGGGAAUCCAGGUCUGCCAGAUGCAAAACAGUUGGAUGCCAUGGGGGGGGGGAACAGGUCUCACCCCAGCCUAGGAAAUACCCCCCUGGAGCCUAGGAAAUCCCCCCCCCCCACCCCCAGGAAAUGACCCCCUAGAGCAACAAAGCAUUUUGGAACCAGUUGGUUUGUUUUGGGGUCUUUUUUGGGGGGGGUGUUCUGAUUU